AUGAACGCCCCGCUGGCCAUAAAUACUGCUUAUCGAGCCUACACCUCCGGAGUGGCGGUUUCCGGAAUGGGUUAUGAGCAGUAUUACUGGCCUUCCCCGGAGGAAAAAGGGCAGGAGCCGGUGCACAGUUCGGAAGGGGGUCCUCCCCCAGAAGCUUUAAGUGACGUGGAGGAAAAGGCACCACACAAAAACCAAAGUAAGUCUCCAAGGUCUCCAAGUUCUGGAAUAUUAAUUCUUUACACCCCUGACUCUGCCACCAGUCCCAACAGACAAUCCUCUUCUCCACAGCUGUCUUCUACACCCCAGAAAUACAAGGAGGAAAAUCCAGGAAGCAGGAAAGUCAAAACACGUACAGCCUUUUCUCAAGAACAAUUGGAGAUACUGCACCACCGAUUUCAGAGCCAAAAAUAUCUCAGUCCACAACAGAUUCAAGAACUGGCUGCAGCCUUGAAACUCACUUACAAACAGGUAAAAACAUGGUUUCAGAAUCAACGGAUGAAGUUUAAACGAACUCAGAAAGAAACUCUGUGGAUGAGAAAAGGAAUGUGCCAAAUUCAGAAUAGUUAUUUGGACAUAAACCCAAGCUAUCAUGAAGGUUACAGUAUUGGUGAGGCCAGGAACAUCCAUUCACUGGCUGCUAUGCAUGAGAACUACACCAGCAAUCAAAACUAUAGUAGUAACCACAGUUAUAAUAGUGACCACCACCAGGUCUACAGUAGUCCUCAGAAUUUUUAUCCAGUUGGUGAGGAUGGGAGCUUCUUUGGAAAAGCUGGUGGGGCCUGUUAUAGUCCACAAACCAUCAACUAUAUCAACCACCAAAAGAUGAAUUUUUAUCCUGGCUUCUCUGCAAGCAUGGAGUAUGCUACCAUGAAGAUGGAAGAUGGAUAUACCUUCCAAAAUGCAUCUUCUGCUGCAUUACCAGGACCCCCUGUCCUCCAACGCUAUCAAAGUCCUCUACAAACUCAAGGACCACUGAGCAACUAA